AUGGCGCUGGACCCCGCAGAUUUAACCAUAUGUUGCAAGGAAUCUGGAAUCUUUACGGUAGUAAAAUGUCGGAAGAAAAAUUCUGCAUUGAAAGAAUAUCUAACUGCUUACUAUAAUGUUCCAGCCUUUUAUGAAGAAUGCAAAAUGGAAUACCUAAAGGAAAGGGAAGAAUUCAUAAAAACUGGAAUUCCUACUAAGAAAAGGCUACAGAAGCUUCCCACCAGCACGUAA